AUUUUCUUGUGAUUUCAGAUUCUAAACACUUUUUCAUAGUUUGGCUCAGAUAAGAAUAACAAAUUUUAAAAGGUAUUAUUUAUGAACGGUAAUGUAUUAUGAUUAAAUCAAGGAUCUUCGCGAGGCGAUUUUUUCAUACUGCCAGAUGCAAAAAGGUAGACUUCCUUCGCAAAUCUUGCAAUGUGCGGACACUGCAACAGUGUAGUCAGAUAAAAUCUAAAAUACUGUUCGUCAGACAUUUUCAUAACAGUCGAAACUCAUGGAUGCCUGUCGUUUCAUUCAAUUUAUCCGAUAUUGGUGAAGGAAUAAAAGAAGUUGAACUAACAGAAUGGUUUGUUCAAGAAGGAGAUGAAGUUGCUCAAUUUGACAGCAUUUGUGAGGUGAAGAGUGAUAAAGCUUCAGUGACGAUUACCAGCAGAUUUGAUGGCGUUAUCAAAAAACUCCAUCAUGAAGUUGACGAUAUAGUAUUAGUUGGGCAAGCCCUCGUUGAUAUUGAGACUUCUGGAUCAUUAGAUGAUGAUAACCAAGAUGAAGAAGAAGUAUCAGAAGAAGUUAUUGUUGAUAGAGAUGAUGAAGAAAAUAUAAAUUUAACUACAAAGAAAGCGCUUGCAUCCCCUGCUGUCAGAAGUCUUGCAAAGAAGAACAGUUUAGACAUAUCUACAAUACAGGGUUCUGGACCUGAUGGUAGAGUAUUGAAAGAGGAUAUUCUUAAUUUGAUAAAAGGAUCAGAUUCAAAGCCUGCUCAUAAGCCCACUAUUUCUCCACCUGUCCCUGUAUCUGCAUCUAUCCCAGCAGAAGACAAAAUUGAGCCAAUUAAAGGAAUACGAAAGGUUAUGUUGGUAAACAUGACGGAAGCAAACAAAAUCCCACAUUUUGGGUAUAAUGACGAAUAUGAUCUAUCAAAUCUUGUUUCUGUGAGAAAAGAUCUUAAACAUGAAGCGAAGAAACAUGAUAUAAAAUUAUCUUAUUUACCUUUCAUACUCAAAGCUGUCUCUAUGUCAUUAAGCCAAUAUCCAAUUCUCAAUUCCAGUAUCAGUGAUGAUAUGGAAAAUAUUAUCUAUAAGUCAAGUCACAACAUCGGUAUUGCAGUGGAUUCACCACACGGUCUUUUACUUCCAUGCAUUAAAGAUGUUCAGAACAAAUCCAUACUUGAAGUUGCACAUGAAGUGAUACGAUUACAGAAUGCCGGACUCGAUAAUAAACUUCACCCCAAUGAUCUUUCAGGAGGCACUUUUAGUAUUUCUAACAUUGGAUCAAUCGGAGGUACAUAUGCUCAUCCAGUUAUUUUUCCUCCACAAGUUGCAAUUGGAGCGCUUGGAAAAAUUCAGGUUUUACCAAGGUACGAUCGUGAAGGUGAUCUAAAGAAAGCUCACAUAAUGUGUGUGAGUUGGUCAGCAGAUCAUAGAAUUAUUGAAGGAGCUACAAUGUCAAGAUUUUCGAAUAAUAUUAAGUAUUUAUUGGAAGACCCAUCUCGAAUGGUAUUUUACCUAAAGUAGCAAAUAUUCUAGCCAUCGAUGCUUUUAUGUAGAUAGUUUGAUACAGUGGUUCUCAAAUUUUUUAAGCCGCACCCUCUUUAUAGAAUUUGUCAAGUCUCGCACCCCACCUUUAAAAAAAACAGCUAACAAUAAGCUACAAAUAACAGAUAGUAAGGCGAAAGUAUGUUUUAUUCAAAAAACACGUUGAAAGACGUGGAUGGAAUGUAAAUAUUCAAAGUAAACAAAAUGUAGAUAUCCCAAGUAAGGCGAUUAAAAUCU